AUGCAGGCACUUCAGGACGCGCAGCAGCGCUUUAAUGAUCUUGUUAGCAACGACUGGCCUGAACGGGUACCUUUAGAGGCCAUGCCCGAGUACGACCCACGGUACAUGAAAGAAGGUUUUCUUCAGAAAAAAGGUCAACGGUUGAAAGGAUGGAAGCGCCGCUGGUUUGUUUGUGAUGGACGAACACUUUCAUACUACAUUUCGAGAAAGGAUCGUAGGCCUAACGCCGUAAUUCCGUUGGAAGGGUGCACUGUGCAGGAUGGUGGAUUAAGCGAAACGUGGAACUCGCCUCGUAUCUACCUAACAGACCCGGCCACUGGUAUAAUGUACUGUUUAUCGGCAGAAGAAGGCAUCGUUGUGACUCAGUGGCUGGACGUUCUUCAAGUAGCUGUAGCACGUGUCAACAAUGCCACAACUGAGCUCAGUGCUACGGAAGCGUCUCAGAAUAAAGGGAGACAGCACAGAAGUCAGGCCGCACCGUCUUCUUCUGAUGACGAGGACGGUCGUUUGCAUUUGAAACGUGCAACGUCAUUAGGACCUUCUCAAACUCGCACUGUAGCGCUUAAAUCAGCGUCCUCCGCAGCCAUAUCUAGUGCUCCAACAGUUUCUAAUGAUGAUACAAAGCGUACGACAAGAAUAACAUCGGCUCCGUCGGCGAUAAACAAUUCCCUUCGCACUCCCGCACCGUCUCUUCAUGCGCAUCACCACCGUGCUCAUCGAAGCAAGACACAACAUUUACCGACGACCAUUUCGCUGGAAAACGAGCUAUCUCAUGGUCUAGACGUGCUCGAAGCGCUCCUUUGCAGCAACAACGCAACAAAUUCGUCUUCGGCGCGUCAUCACGUAACGUUUCGUCCAAUUGGCGCAGUCAAUGGAGUGUUGCGCAGUCUCGGGACCGACUCAAACUCGGGAAAAGAGUAUGCACGCGCCAGUAUCGUGCUGCCCAUAUCAUCCGAAGUUGCCGCCAUUCUGCUGUCAGACCACGCGCGUCGAGCCGAGUGGGACAUGCACUUCCCAUAUUCAGCCCAUGUCGCCACGUUUGACGAUGCUACUGAUUUAAUAUACCUAUCCAGCGGCAGUUUUUCGCAAAUUCAAUGCACAAAGCCAUUCGUGGCGCCUCAUGUGGUAGCAGCAGCUUGUGCAUUGUGUGCUGCCAUCUUUUCAAGCUCUUCAACGUGGGAGUCAACUAUAUCGGCCAUGGUGUAUGCAGCAGCCAUCGGUGCCAUUAUGUGUAGUGUAGACUACAGUGCGUUGACGACUCCACGUGAUUUACUUCUUCUUCGUCAUGUGCGCGAAUCUGCUGUACCAGAGUCGCAAGAGAUGAGUGAAGACAAGUCCGAGGCUGAGAUGGGUCAGUCAGUUGUGCUUAUUUUAGAAAAGUCAGUCGUGAACGAGUUGAAGCCCGUGAUCUCGGGCUCAGUGCGUGCACAUGUUGGUCUCAGUGGCUGGCUACUUCAGCCUGUUGAUUCAGGACGCGGUACACUAGCAACUUACGUGACCGAUUUGGAUAUGAAGGGUUGGGUGGGACCCAGGACGCGUCAACACUAUUUACUGUCUCGCUUGGAUUGUGUGUCAGUUCUCAGUGAGUAUGUCAACCAGGCACAGUUGUGUGGAUCUGAGCUCGGAUUUGGCGGUGAUAUUGACGAGGAUGAAGAAGGAGCGUUCGACACUCGAAGCAAUGGGAUUGAAGACAAUAGCGACGGAAGUGGUUUGGGAGGUAUUGCAGAUGAUGAAUCAUCAGCUAUUUUCCACCCAAAGUCAUACAUGCGCGGUAUGAUACCGUUACCCAGUGGUGGUCUCAAACUCAUCGAUAAAGAAAUUGCCAAGAAGCAGGGCGGUGUGGUAAAAGAUGUAAUCAAAUCGGCUGGAGCAAAAAUUUUAGAAGGCAAAUCAGCAGUGAGUUUGUCACUACCUGUGCGUAUUUUUGAGCCUCGAACGAACUUGGAACGGGUGUGCGACCUUAUGUUGUACGCGCCGACAUUCCUGAAUGCUGCAUUUACACAAGACGAUGCGCUGGAGCGCUUUAAGUACGUCAUUACAUUUGCUGUGGCUGGUUUGCAUCACAGUAUUGGACAGCUGAAGCCAUUUAAUCCGAUUUUGGGGGAAACGUUUCAGGCUGAGCUGAACGAUGGCACUGAUGUGAGCUGCGAGCACACGAGCCACCACCCACCUAUUAGCAAUUUCCAAUUUACUGGUGAGAAGUAUUCGAUUGCUGGAUUUGUGUUGUGGCACGCUAGCAUGAGCGUCAAAUCGAAUGCAAUGCUUAACACUAACAAGGGUCCUGUACGAGUGACAUUCCCUGACUCCGAGAGCCUUCCCGGAACAACUAUUGAAUACAACUUGCCUUACUUGCAGAUCGGUGGCUUGCUGUGGGGAGACCGUACCGUCGACAUUAUGGGCAACAUGAUGUUCGAAGACAAGAAGAAUCAAUUACAGUGCGAGCUACGCUUAAACCCAGAUGCAAAGUCGGGCAUGGGCGGCAUGUUCUCGAGCUCGAAGACACCCACUGACUCACUGCGUGGUGUCAUCAUGGACACUUCUGUAUCUCCAGCGCGGGAGAUCUGUGAUGUUUCUGGAUCGUGGCUGCAUGACCUCGUCUUCGGCUAUACGACGUAUUGGAGCAUUAACAAGCAUCAUAGCGGCUUCAUGGUGCCGUAUCCAGAAGACAGAAUUUUGGCCUCUGACUCGCGACAUCGCGAGGAUCUGCACUAUCUGGCGGUCGGAGACCUGGACGAAUCGCAAGAGUGGAAGGUGAAGCUAGAGGUGCUUCAGCGGGCUGAUCGUAAAGCACGUCUGGAUGGCCGUCGUCCCAACCACUGGUCUUUCCGAAGUUCUGCUAGUGGCCAUUAA